AGAAAUGAUGAUAAAGGUGAAGAAAGAAAAAGAAACAGGAAACAUUUUCUGUUGAAGAAAAAGUCUUCAUGUGUUAAGUUGAUUUUUUCUUCUUCUUUUCUAUUUUAUCCCUUGUGUUGUUUCAUUUAAUUUCUUUUAUUUGAUCUUCUAUUUUUCUAAAUUAUUUAGAUUUACUUGUGUUCUAAACAAUACAAUUAAUUCUGUUUUAAUUCUAAUCAAUUAAGGUGAUUGAUUAGUUUUACUCAAUACUAAUCGGUGGUUAGUUGAUUAGUUGAAUUACUUUUGUUUUAGUUACAAUCAGUUUCUUUUCAAGGUUGGUCAACCAGUCUCUCUCUCUCUCUCUUUUCCCUAUUAUCCAAUCUAAAUAUGGAAAUACGUGUGUUCCUUCAAAAUGGAGUAAAAUUAUCCGUGUUUGCUGUUGCCUUCAAUAGAAGAUGAAAUUUUUCCUCAUUCUCAACGGUCAACAACAUAAAUACUCUUUUUUUGUGUUUUUAUCCUUAAUUUAAUUACUUCAACUCCUGUGACUGAUUGUUGGUAAUCUAUUUUAACAAUAGAAAUGGAAAAUAAUAAGUUUGGAACAAAUCAAUUAUAUGGACCUCAAACCUUUCUUGGAAAUACUUCGUCACGAUCUAAUCACAAUACAAAUCUCCAUCAACAGCAACAACAACAGUUACUAAAUCAACAUUUAUACCAACACCAGUAUCUUUACCAGAAUCAGAGCCAAUUACAGAAACUAAACCAACAACAACCCCAACCACAAUCACAACCAUUUCAACAGCAACAGCAACAAACUAAUCAGCAUCAAUUGAAUAAUGGGAAUAAAAACCGUUCAAGUCCUAAUAUUCCAAAAGAUGUUUUGAUUCCAAAAUGGCUUCCAAAAUGUGGUUACUGUGAUAAAUUAAUCCUCGAAGAACAAUGUACUGAAGCUGAAGAGAAAGUUUGGCAUUUGAAGUGCUUCAAAUGUUUCGAAUGUAAAAAGACACUCGGAGGUCAACAAUAUGUUAUGGCUCGACCAACCGUGUUAAGAUCAAAUGAGACAACUUUUAAUCCGGAAAGUGAAUAUCCUUAUUGUUUAGCUUGUUUCGAUGCCUUUUUUGCUGAACUUUGUGAAGAGUGUGGAGAUAUUAUCGGUUGCGAAAUUGGCUCCAUUAAACAUGAAGGAAGACAUUGGCACGCAAAUGAAGCCUGUUUCAAGUGUAACUUUUGUAAAUCUGCUCUUCUCGGUAAAUUGUUUCUUCCCGCUAACGAUGGUAAAAUUUAUUGUUCGGCUCAAUGUUACCAAUACAUUUUAAAAAUGUACCGUCCAUCCACAACUCGUGAAAAAACUCAAUCACAACCUCCACCACCUCUUCCACCUCCACUUCCACCUUCUUUAUCUACUCGACUCAAUCCAACAACGAUUCCAUCAUCAUCAUCAUCAUCAUCACCUUCCUCUGUCCAGUUACCCGCUCAAGUUUCUCUUUCUUCUACCAAUCAACAACCUUCUCCACCUACUCAUCCUCAUCCUCAUCAUCAUCUACAACAACAACUACCACAUCAACAUCAAACUUUGCCUAAACUCCAACCAACUCAAUUGGUUCCGAUAUCAACAACACCGGUUCCUCAAGAAAGGACAACCAUUAGCCGUGAACAAUCAACUGAUCAUUCAUCAGUUUUGAAACCUCAUUCAUCAUCUCCAUCUUCAUCUUCCGAAAGUACACCUCUUCUCACUCGCACUUCCACCCUAAUCAAUGAUAAACCCGACGUAAUACAAAACUAUCUGAUUUCACCAGAAGAAGAGGAAAAAAAGAAAGAUGAGAAAGAAAAGGUUACCAAAGAAAGUUCACCAUCAACUCCUCCAAUUACAACAACAAUCAUAGAUUCAGCUAUUACCCAAGAGAAGGAAAUUUUAUCAUCAUCUUCAUCACUCCCAAUUAAAGUUUCCACAAAUGAUCCUAACUUAACCUCUACAAUACAAAAGAUAUGCCCAAAGAGUGUCACCUUUGACCCAAGUGUAAAGGAAAACGAAUCCAAUAGAAAAUGUCGUUCAGUUAAAAAGGUUAUUAAAGAUGAUGAUUGUUGUUCGACUUGUUCAUCUCAUUCAUCAUCUUCCUCAGAUGAUGAAUUUGAUUAUGAUCUCAUGGAUGCUCGUCGACGCCAAUGGAUCGCUGGUACUCGCAUUCAUUAUGUAGCUGCAACUGCUCAGCCAACAUCAUCUUCAUCUUCAUCAACACUUCCCAAGACAAAGAAUCGCUCAAAAUCCAAUGAUUCUAAUCACUCAAAGACAAAAACACUCCAUCGGCCAAUUAAACGAUUCCAAGAUUGUUCACUUAAUUGGGCUGAAAUUUUACGAAGUAAAUUGAAAGGUCGCUGAGUUUAUUUUUAUA